GACAUUGUUUGCGCCAUGGGUAUGUAAGGAUGGCAGCGAUGGCCAAGAACCCCAAGGUCUUCUUCGACAUCCUCAUCGGCAAGGCCAAGGCCGGCCGCGUCGUCAUGGAGCUGUUCGCCGACACGGUCCCCAAGACGGCGGAGAACUUCCGGUGCCUGUGCACCGGCGAGAAGGGGCUGGGCGCCUCGGGGAAGCCGCUGCACUACAAGGGGUCUGCCUUCCACCGCAUCAUCACCAGCUUCAUGUGCCAGGGCGGCGACUUCACCCGCGGCAACGGCACCGGCGGCGAGUCCAUCUACGGCGCCAAGUUCGCCGACGAGAACUUCAAGCUGCGCCACACCGGCCCCGGCGUGCUCUCCAUGGCCAACGCAGGGCCCAACACCAACGGCUCCCAGUUCUUCAUCUGCACUACGCGCACGCCGUGGCUCGAUGGCAAGCACGUCGUCUUCGGCAAGGUGGUCGAUGGCUACGGCGUUGUGGAGAAGAUGGAGGCGGUCGGUUCCGAGAGCGGCACCACCGUCGAGCGCGUCCUCAUCGAGGACUGCGGCCAGCUCUCUGACUCUGAAUGAGUAGAAAGAGCAGAGCUGAAUUCUCAUCUUUUACCCUAUUAUAAUUAGGGUGGGUGUAGUUGAAUAAAUAAAGAAAAUUAUUUUUUCAGAUGUUUAGUACUAGUAUUUCAUACUCCACUAGAGGAUGAAUUUGACUGGUGUAAAUGUUGAAGAUGAUGUUGAUGCAAUUCCGCAUCCAUUGGAAGCAUACAGCGCAGAUAAAUCACCUGCCUGCAUUGUCA